GCGACAAAAUAUCACGUCAUGUCAACAUGGAUGAUCAAAAACAGGUGUAAAUCUGAUCAGUAUUAAAUACAGUUGUCAAGGUCGGAUCACAUACUUAAACUUUCAAAAUGGCAAGCGGUGGAAAGAAAGAAGCCGCAGUAAAGAAACGUGGAUACAUAGGAAAUUCUGUGAACUGGAUGACAAAGAAGAUCCAAAAUCGGGCCACCCACAAUCUUUCCAGGGGAAAUAUGAAAUCAGGACCCAGGGUGAUUUACCAGAAAGAUGGGGUAUACAUCCACACCAUUGUCCACAAUGAAGAUGAAGAUGCCUUGAUUGAGGGACAAGUGGAGAUCCUGGAAAAGCCCCAGGGUGUAUUCAUUGAGUGGAGAUCUGUAGCAGAUAUGGCAGCAGAGUAUGCUGUGAACCCCAAACAUGAGCAGGACUCCUGGGCCGUCAUUGAUGCCGUCGGAUACAGGAAUGAGAGCCAGGGAUCUGAGACAGGGUCUGCAACUAUUCAGACAAGAAGACCCAAGCAGAUUAUCAGUUUUGAUAUUAAAGAUUUAAAGAGCUUCAAGCGGUCAAAGCAGAGUUUGGGAUGGUCAUACAUAAUCUUUAUCCAGAAAGAUGGGACGACACAUCCAGCAUUGCACUUCCACAAAGGUGGCAGUCGAGAAAUGAUAAAUUCCAUGGAGAGGUUUUUGUCAGUUCAGAGGUCUCCAAACACGCCUGGUCUCUUUUUGGUACAUGAGCAUGACCCUGGAGCACUUUCAAGGUCAUUUGAUGAGCUACAGCUCUUCAAAGAAACUUCACAAGAUUUGGUGUCUAAAUUUGUCAAAGAUCCCUAUUCAACAACGCUGACAGGGUUUUCCAAAGUAACCAAGUUUUUAGGCGAGGUCCUGAUGACCACAGAUACUCCACCUGUACGCCCCUCAGAGGAGGUGGCGGACAUUUUACAUGAAGCCAUCCCCGGUAUCACCAUCAAUGCACAGGAUGAGCCAGGAUUUGAUAUUGUCAGCAAAUGUGAGCUUGCUGAGCGUCCUGAUGUCGUGAGGUCAUCCCCCUUGUCCAGACUGCAGUGGGAGAAGAACAUGGAUAGUGAGGGCAGGAUACAGAAUGUGGAUGAACUACAGGAGAUCAUAUUUAGAGGGGGAAUAGAGCCUAACCUGAGGAGAGAAGUGUGGAAAUUUCAGCUCCAAUACUAUGACUGGAAUUCAACAUCAAAACAGAGAGAAGAGGUCAGGAAAAAGAAAGUUGAUGACUACUUUAGAAUGAAACUUCAGUGGAAGUCAGUCACAGAGGAUCAGAAGAUGAGAUUUUCAGUUUUAAGAGACCGUGAAAGUCUCAUAGAUAAAGAUGUGACCAGAACAGACCGUACCCAGACGUACUUCAUGGGGGACCCAAACCCCAAACUGGAACUGUUAAAUGACAUUCUGAUGACAUACUGCAUGUACAACUUUGAUUUGGGCUAUGUGCAAGGUAUGAGUGAUCUUCUGGCCCCCAUUCUCGUCAUCAUGGAUAAUGAAGUGGAUGCAUUCUGGUGCUUUGCUGGUUUUAUGGAAAUAGUGGCACGCAACUUUGAAAUGGACCAAAAAGGAAUGAAAGACCAACUGCAGCAGCUGAACACAUUAAUGCAGUUACUGGAUCCUCAACUUUACAAUUACUUAGAGAGCCAUGAAUCCAGCAACAUGUACUUCUGCUUCCGAUGGCUGCUGAUUUUGUUCAAGAGAGAGUUUACUUUCCCAGACAUUAUGAGAUUAUGGGAGGUGCUAUGGACAGGCCUUCCAUGUAAGAACUUUCACCUGUUGUUGUGUGCAUCCAUCCUGGACACCGAAAAAUCCAUCAUGUUUGACAAUAAUUUUGGUUUCACAGAAAUUCUCAAACAUAUUAAUGACAUAUCUUACACAAUUGAGCUAGAACCAAUGUUAACCAAAGCAGAGGGCAUCUACCUCCAGUUAGCCAACACCACAAAGCUUCCUGGGCCUAUCAAAGAAAUCUUAGGUUUUGACUUCGACCGGAAGGGGAGUGGGGAUUCCUCCAAAACCAGCACCCCAGUGGAAGGCUACAGCACCCCUGCUUCUACACCUGAACACUCCACGCCAGUGAUGAGUUUACCGUUAAAAGACAGUAGAGUGGGCAAUGGUGGUCAUAUGGGCAGUAGUAGUGCAUCCCAGGAGACAGGACCUACAACCCCUGAUGACAGUAGCAUAGAGAUCUUACCUGACCCUCACAAUGUGUUUGAGUAGUCUCUGCUGCAUUGCAUAUUAACCAAGGAAAGCUUUAGAUGAGGAUAUUUUGUUUAUUAGAAUUGGAGUUCUCUAGCAUAAUCAUUGUGCACAACCAAAAGUGGAUGUUGAUUCAAAACUGAUAAUUCCAAAUAUUUAUUAAAAUUAAGUAUGAUAUAAAAAUAUUUGAAUUAAGAAAUUAUGAAAAAAUAUUGUUUGUCUUACA